AGAAAAUGUUACUCCAAUUGCUACUAAACGAACAACAGUUAGUACUGGAGGAAGACGUGAUGAAUAUGAUGAUCGUCCUGUAACAGCUGCGGCUUUUGGGCGUUUAUACGGCGUAUUAGAUUUGCAUCGAGAUUCAUUGGCAAAUGCCAUGUCCGUUAGAUUUCAAGAAAUUAAUAAAAAGAUUGAUAAAUUAUGCAAAUCAACAUCAAUAAAGAAUCGCGAAUUAGAGCCGUAUUUAGAACAAAAUGCGAAUGCUGCUUGGCCAGCAGAGAUGAUAUAUGAAGAAGAAAAUUUAUUGGAAAUUUCCGCAACAAGCUAUGGUGAUUAUGGUCGUCGUUUAAUGCGAAUUAUGUUCAGUAAAGAAGAGUUGAAAUUGUCUGUAUUACCGCCAGCAAGAUCACAUUUAUCAAAAAAGCCGUUGAACGAACGAAAAUUUAGUUUUUUGAAUGGUAAGCUAAUGGUUUACUUGAUCUUUGUAAAAAUUCAUCUACUUUGUUUUCCUUUUUCUCGAAUCGUCAUCAUGUUCGAACGAUGCUAUUUAGAACAUAUCAUGUUUGAUUCGUUAUUUCUUCGUAUGCAAAAAAAACAACAGACGCUGAACCACUAUCGGCGCCAAAAUACAAGGCCGGUGGUUAUUUUUUGAAUAACUUUUGAUAGAAAUGUGAUAGGGAACAUAGACAGUCGACUACGUUGAUCAUCGUAGCAAUGCUUAUUUCCUUGCAAAAAGUAAAAUCGAUUCGGAUGUGGAGUUUUAUUGCAAAUACCGUUUUUUGGCUAUUACCAGUUACCAUUAAACACGCUAGAACUCAGUCAAAUCGCAUCAAAACUCAAAGAAAUUUCAGCAAAUACUCAAAAUAGGCCAUAGAUUGUGUCAGCUCAAAAAAGACCGGUUUGAUGGGCAGAUCAACUGAAGGUUUUCUAGAAACCUAGUUAAAAACUUCGAAUGUUUAGUAUUGGAAUAUAAGGCUUUUUCGACUUAAUCCACAAUCUAUGAUCUAUUUUGAAUGUUUUCUGAAAAUUUCAAGUGAUUUGGAUGAAGAUUGAUUGAAUUAUAAGAUUUUUCAUUUUAAGUGGUAGUACCCUAAAAGCGGUAUUUUCAAUAAAAUUUAACACCCAGAGAUAUUUUACUUUCCGCAACGAAAUAAACAUUACCACUGUGUUCAGAAUACUCGAUUACCUAUGUAUGCAGUGAUUUUGAGAUUACCAAAGUCAGAGCAAGUCCGGUUCAAGUACCUCGGCGAAAACGGAGGGCUCGCCUGAACCAUGGCUGUUAAAGAUGUCGCUUAAAUCCAGUUUUGUAGAAGACACUUUGCAAUGUCUAUCAAUGAAAAAAAUCAAUGGACUCACAUUUUAAUUUCUGAAAAUCCGAACUGAUUUCCCGGAGAUCUCCUGAAAAACCGGUUUCGGAAUUUUUUCAAAACUCGGUUUUGCUUAUGGAAAUAUAGCCUCAGAUGUCUUCUUUCGAUUACUGAAAACCGCAAGUCUCUGACUUUAUGUUAUCAAAAGUUAUUCAAAAAAUAACCACUGGCCUUGUAUUUUGGCGUCGAU